AUGUACAAUGCCUUCUCAAUCCAGGAUCCCUUCUACCAUCUGGACAUUACCACCUCCCUCACCUACACUUAUGACAAUGGUAUCAAGGUGUCCAAAGAGUUUGUAGUAUCCCCCAAUGAUCCAACCAUCUCCACCGAUGGAUUGAUCAUCAAGCUCGUUGGCAACUUUGUCCCACCCUACUCUUUUGAGAACAGAAAGUUCGUCAUGCCAGACCCCAGUACCGACACCAACAACCACCGCCACACCUUGCCAUUGACAGACAAAUCAAUGCUCCUACCAGCUGAUUACUUUGGCACCCUUUGUAAUCAAAUUGGAAUUGACUACAAGACCUUCUCGUUGCAGCCCGAUUUCUGUCAAGCCAGGCAAGGCUCAUGUUUGGAUGGCCAGAUCAAUGACUACUGGAUGGAUGACAUGGCCAAGCUGAAUUCAAGUGAGCCUGCCGAAUACUUGUUGUCAUCAUACAGUACCGACGCCAAGUUAAUGAAAGCAGAUGGUCAACUAUUUUUGGACAUCCCAAUCCAUAACCAAUCAUCUGCGAUCCUUACCAUCAAAUUGGAUGCUAAAUACUUUGUCUUCUUUGAUGAUGAGACUCCAGAUGUAAUAUCAUCAUUCGAGGAAAUGUCCCAGAGUGUAGAACUGAACAUCAAAGUAACCGUCCCAGCCGAGUUUCCGGUAUCUCUCUUUGAAUGA